UCUCUCUCUCUUUUUUUUUUUUUUUUUUUAAUUCGCGUUGGCGCACGCAGGGCCGACAACAUGGAUUUACUCCUGUCUAGACGACUCUCGCCUCCACGGAACUUUUGAUUGUCAGCAACGAACGAAGGGGACAACGAACUCAAACGAGACGAAAGUCCUGAAAUUGGACGUUUUUGUUUUUGGGUGGCGGGGGGGGGAAAGGAGAAAACAUCUGGGCAACUUUUGGAGACUUUAACUCUUCUUCUUCUCUCAUGGGGUGACCACCGAGAGCUGCAGAGACGUGACUGUGGAGCAGGCCUUCUCCCUCCCAGGCCCCUGUCCCGUCGCGAGAGAAGAAGAGCAUCGUCACAGAUGUUCUUAACCACCCGGCCGUGUGAAUGAAUGUUUGUCGCAAAGCCGUUGUGCUCUGCCACCCCAUUGCCGCCAUGAAGAGCAAGUAUUCCCAGUACUACAAUCAGACCCUGAUCCACUCCUACUAUGCUUACGCCAAGAACAUGACCACCCAGGAACUGGACAAGCGCAUCGAGAACAAAAAGCAGCUGACCACACUCAACAUUGUCAUCGUGGUUCUCUGCACCGUCAUCAUCCUGGAAAAUCUGCUGGUCCUGAUCGCCGUCUGUCGCAACAAGAAGUUUCACUCGGCCAUGUUCUUCUUCAUCGGUAACCUCGCCUUCUCGGACCUGCUGGCGGGGUCGGCGUACAUUGCCAACAUCUUCCUGUCGGGGUCGAACACUUUCAAACUGGUGCCGGUGCAAUGGUUCAUCCGCGAGGGUACGGCGUUCAUCGCGUUGGCGGCGUCCGUUUUCAGUCUGUUGGCGAUCGCCAUCGAGCGCUACAUAGCCAUAACCAAGGUGAAGGUGUACGGCUCCACCAAAACCUGCCGCAUGUUUCUGCUGAUUGGCGCCUGCUGGGUCACCUCCAUCCUUCUCGGAGGGCUGCCUAUCAUCGGCUGGAACUGCAUAAACGACCUGCCCGAGUGCUCGGCCGUGCUGCCUCUCUACGCCAAAAAGUAUAUCGUGUUCGUGGUCACCAUCUUCAGCCUCAUUCUGCUCUCCAUCGUCAUCCUCUACGUUAAGAUCUACCUGAUCGUGCGUUCCAGCCACCAGGAGGCUGCCAACUCCCAGGCCUACGCGCUUCUGAAAACAGUUACAAUAGUGCUGGGGGUCUUCAUCAUGUGCUGGCUGCCCGCCUUCAUCAUCCUCCUCCUGGACUCGUCGUGCGGCAUACAGUUCUGCCACAUCCUGUCCAAGGCGGAGAUCUUUUUCGGCUUCGCCACGCUGAACUCGGCACUCAACCCCGUCAUCUACACGCUGCGCAGCAAGGACAUGCGCAAGGAGUUCCUGCGCGUGCUGUGCUGCUGGGGGGUGUUGAACAGCGGGCGACCCGCCGAUCGCUGCCUGGUGCCGCUCAAGAGCUCCAGCUCUCUGGAGCAGUGCACGCACAAACACGAACACCAGACCAUGCCGAUCAUGCAAGACUGUACGACCUGCGUCUAGCGCGACGGAGCCAAUCGCGAUGAUGAUGUGAUAACGAUGUGUGAAUUCGAUUGUAAGAUCACGGAAGAGAGAGAGACCGUGAGCGGCCAGAGGGAGCGCCCUCAACUGUGUGAACACACAAGCGUCGACAAUGCCACACACAUACACACACAAAAAAAAAACAAUGUAAGUGAUUUUAAAAGCUGAGGACUUUCUGAAAUGUGAAAAUGUGCUUUGUCUCUGUUGGACUUUGUUUUCUUGAAAAAAAAAAAUGGACUGCCAUUCCGUGUUAGGGUAUACGCCUGUCUGCAUAUUUCUCUCUACACACAUUUUAGCCUGGUUUAAAGGACCAACGUGUCACGUUUGGGUGAGUUCAUUGGCUGAGAGAUGAACAUGAAGAGGGCGUGGUUCUAAAACCACAAGAGAGAGAGUUUAGGUUCGACUACAUGCCAAUGUGUCCCUGGGCUACAAAUUUUACUUAAGUUGUACACGAUACCAAAGGUUCGGUGGGUUGCUCUUACUUAAAAAAAAAAAAUAGUGGUUGCAUCAAGAAUUGCACCCUGCACAGAUAUUUUGGCUGAAUUCUAUUAGCACACAAUCUGGAGUGGUGACCUAUGAAGAAAAGGCUAGCACAAAAAGAUUCACUCUUCAUAUUUAUUGCUUUGAAAACGUCACUCUAUUGCAGAAAAAA